UGUAAACAUGGCAGAAGUGGAGGUAGCACCGUUAAGAGCUUUGGAUGACUUUCUCUUGGGAUCGGCGACAUUUCAAAUUCCAAACGUAAAAAAUCUUGAUAAAUGGGCGAAUCGUGUAAUGAACAACUUGCUUUACUAUCAGACAAACUACUUUGUGAUGGCAACUCUGGUGUUUUUGAUAAUUGGUGUUAUCUGUCCUUCAAUUAUGGUUACUUCAACUUUUUUUCUAAUUUCAGGUGGUUACUUCAUUGUCUACAUGUUUGGAACUGUCAUUGUAUUCUUCUUUGGGAUUACACUUCCACUGUUACGUGGUUACUUCAUUGUUUACAUGUUUGGAACUGUCAUUAUAUUCCUCUUUGGGAUUACACUUCCACUGUUACUGAUAAUUAUUCAUGCUUCACUGAGGUUAAGAAACUUCAAGAACAAGCUGACAAACAGGAUUGAAACUGUCGGUUUGCGAAGGACUCCCAUGGGAAUUUUCCUAGAGGCCCUGGGUCAGGAACCGGAAACCACAGUGUAAGUAUGCACUGUAUAUU